ACGGUAUAAAUCCUAAAUUUAAAUCAGUGAAACAAAUUAUUCAAGCUUAUCCAGUUUUGCAAUUAAGAUUAACUCUGCAAGUUAAACAGUCAACAAAAAAGAAAUUCUUUAGUUCGAGCGGGUAAGCAAUUAUAUUGCCCUGCAAUAAAAAUUGACUUGGCCUGUUUGCAUCCUAUUGCGACUCACAGUUUGUUUUUCUUUUGUUUAGAUUUGUUGAUUAAACCAAUGUAUCAACUUUAGUGACAAAUCACCUUUGACAGUUUGUGCUUUGACCUACGAUUGGAUUUUGUGCAUUCACCACCGAUCUUUAAUUUAAUUUUCAUCUUGAAGGCUUUUUUCUUUCUUGUAUCCUUGUUUUUCCAAGUUGUGUUUACUUUUGUUGUAUCCUGUUUUGUUCCUGUGAUAUCUUUCAUUAUUGUUUCAUAUAAUUUGCCACGUAAAAAUGUCUGUUUUCAUUGAUUUCAAGCCUCCUGAUGAAUCUGAGGAAUAUGAAGUUGAAAAAAUUUAUGAUAAACGUACAAGGGAAGGUCGAGUUGAGUAUUUCUUGAAAUGGGUUGGUUAUCCUGAAUCAGCGAAUACCUGGGAACGUCUGGAAAAUCUCAAUUGUCCUGCAUUAGUUGCUGAAUUUGAAGAAGGCAGAUUGAAAAAAAAGAAACGAGAUCAGCUUCGCCAGACUAGAGGAAGACCACAGUCACCAGUAAAGAAUGGAGUUUGUGGAAUAGAAAAUGGAUUUGAAGUCGAGAGAAUUAUUGGUGCUACUGAUGUGCAUGGCGAAUUGGAGUUUCUGAUCAAAUGGAAAGAAUCUCCAUUAGCUGAAUUGGUCAAAGCUUCAAUUGCUAAUGAAAAGUUACCAGCAGCAGUGAUUGCAUUCUAUGAGGCCAGACUUGUUACUCGUUUUUCGAAAUCUGAAUCUAACAAGGACGUAAAGAAAUUUAAACUAGCGAAUAAUGGACGAAAUUUAAAUUCCGUUUCUGACGACGAUUCUUUAAAUGGCGAUUCCAUGGAAACUGAUACUGCAAUAACUGCUGGAACAUCAACUAAUGAAGCAUCAAUUUAAGUUUAUAUCAAACUACUUUCUUUAUAAAUCUGACUUGAGAUGCCUUUUUCACAUUUAUGACAAAUUCACUUUCCAUUAUUGUUAAAUUAGUCACCAAUUUGCUGUUUACAAUGGUUAAUUAACUUUAUUUGAUUUGCAAUUAAAAGCUUGAAAAGACAA